UGGCCGCAGCUGACGAAGGCCAUCAAAUCUCUUGUCUGCGAAAAUCAAAUAAAUUUCCUCCAUAUUUGUUUUGUACUACGUCUCUGAGUGAAAUAACUGCUUAGUGCCGGCGUUUUGGUUAAAUAACAUAGCAGCGUGGCGAAAGUAACGCCGUACCCGAGCAUGACGCAUUCUGGGAGGAGUAAAUUCGAGAUAACUCGUUUUACGAACGAAGAUGAGAACCACAUCAACAGGAAACUGCCCAAGGAGUUGCUGCUGAGGAUACUGUCGUACUUAGACGUGGUGUCGCUGUGCAGAUGUGCGCAGGUCUCCAAGCUAUGGAAUAUUCUGGCGCUCGACGGCUCCAACUGGCAACGAAUAGAUUUGUUUGAGUUCCAGAGGGAUGUGGAGGUGAGUGGGGACCGCCGCGUGACGCUAACAUACUCUUUAAUCAAUUUGGACUCUUGCCCCAGCGUGUCGGACAUCUCUCUGAAGGCGCUGGCCGACGGCUGCCCUUUGCUGACGCACGUGAACGUGUCGUGGUGCCAGUCCAUAACGGAGAGCGGCGUGGAGGCGCUGGCCCGGGGCUGCCCCAAGCUCAAGAGCUUCAUUUGUAAAGGAUGCAAGAACGUCAAUGACCGCGCCGUCAUCAGCCUCGCCACGCGCUGCCCCGACCUCGAGGUGCUGGACAUACAGGGCUGCGAGACGGUGUCGGACGAGGCGGUGUCGCGGCUGGGCGGCGCGCUGCGGCGGCUGUGCGCGUCGGGCUGCGCGCGGCUCACGGACGCGUCGCUGGCCGCGCUGGCCGCCGCCGCGCCGCGCCUCGCCACGCUCGAGCUGGCGCAGUGCACGCAGCUCACCGACGCCGGCUUCCAGGCGCUCGCAAGGAACUGCAGGAUGCUGGAGCGCAUGGACUUGGAAGAGUGUGUCCUUAUCACCGACGCCACCCUGGUGCACCUGUCCAUGGGCUGUCCGCGACUUGAGAAACUGACGCUGUCCCACUGUGACCUGAUCACGGACAACGGCAUAAAGCAGCUGUCCCUGUCCCCCUGCGCCGCCGAGCACCUCACCGUGCUGGGUCUGGAUAACUGUCCCCUGGUGACCGACGAGGCGCUGGAGCACCUGACGUCCUGCCACAACCUGCAGCUCAUCGAGCUCUACGACUGCCAGAUGGUCACGAGGAACGCCAUACGUAAGCUUAGGAACCAUCUUCCCAACAUCAAAGUGCACGCGUACUUCGCCCCGGUGACUCCGCCCGCGGCCGCCGGCGGCGCCCGGCCCCGCUACUGCCGCUGCUGCAACAUCAUAUGAGCGGCCCCGGACGCGACACCCGCCCGCCGGGGGAGGCAGGGGGGGGGAGGGGGGUCGCUCUAAGCAAACGCGCACGGACUAUUCAAAAGCUCUCCCGAUCUCGUACGAAACUUUUUUCGACAAAAUGGAAAGCUCUGUGUGAAAGCCACGUGUAACAAAACGACGUUAAUAAUUCUCUGUCUCUCUCUCUCUCUAUCGUUACGAUUUGCUUAACUCUUUCUCUGCAUCGAAAAUUGUGUUUAAGUAAAUUGUUAAUAAUGUGAUUCAUUUUAUGACGUUUUAAAAACGUUAAGAGAUUUUUUAAAAAAAAGCUCAUAACGUACUCGGAUUGGUCGAUAGCACGCUCUAGUGCUGCUUACACUCUAAUGACGUCACGCGCCACUCAAUACUCGUGACGUGACACAAUGGAACGCUAGGACUGUCUCUGGGUUUAUUUUAAUAUUUAAUGAGUUCCAAAGAUAACUUUGAAAGUUAAUUACGGUACUGGAAUACGCAACACCUUGUCGUGGCAAAAUGGCGAAUGCGACUAAACGCGUUAUGAAGAAAUGUGUUCAUUACGUAGUACAGGGGGCUGCUGGCCCGGAGGCCCCGGCCGGUCGGCGACCAGUAAGGCUGCGGACCCUUGAUGAUUCCGAAGAAUCUUUAAAUUACAUUAAAGUGGUUGAGAACCCGUCAAAUAGCAAACAGCAGUGUUCAUAUACACGUAAGUGGGGUCGGACGCGCUUCUACUAAACGUAGUCCUAUUGUGAUUUAGUGAAAUAUAUGAAUACACCUUUAGUACAAUAUUAUGAUGUUUCCGUUUUGGAAAACUUAAAUGUUCACGCCCAUUUGUAACGGGGCAACCAGGGACUGCCUCAAGUGUCGUCAUCACCGAUGGAGCGUCGUGUCUGUCUGCCAGAAGGACAGCAGACAUUCCACCGUAGACCAGCGUCUGGUCCUGGGACCUGGUAGCGCAGGCUGGACCCUACACCUCCUUAUCUAGUUUCAUUAUAAAAAUACUGAUAUUCUUCAAUUUCCCUGAGUCAAGCAUGAGCGAGCCCGCUGACAACCAAAAUAUAGCUUAUUUAGCAUUGCCAACAUAGAUAUAAUUGUUACCAAUAACGGCUUUUUUUCUGGAGUGGGUAAAGUGACAUAAUUAUAUCCUUAAUUUAUCAAGCGAACAAAACAUUUUUUAUAAAAUACAUAAUUUAAAGCAAUUCUAGUGAUCAGUACAUCAUGCAUAUUUGUGUGUAGUGUCCUUGAUAUCCCAGAAAUCAUCAGGUCAGCGCAGUUGUUAUUGAUGAACUCACCAAAAUUUAUGGUUUAAAUAAAUAAAU